AUGAAGGAGCCCAUCACUCAGACCGCACUGCUGAGGAUUGUCAAAAGGAAGUACAAGGAGCAGUUCCCUGAGAUCCUCAGGAGAGCCUCUGAACACAUGGAUCUGGUCUUUGGCCUUGACUUCAAGGAAAUCGAUCCCAACAACCACACCUAUGCCUUUUUCAACAAUCAAGGCCUCCCUGUUGAGGGAGACCUGAGCUGUGAUGAGGUGGUGUCGAAGACCGGGAUCUUGAUGAUGCUCCUGGGUGUGAUUUUCAUGAAUGGCAACCUCGCCACUGAAGAGGAGAUCUGGAAGUUCCUUGAUGUGUCUGGGGUCCACCCUGGGAAGAAGCAUCUCAUCUUCGGAGAGCCCAGGGAAUUCAUCACCAAGGAUCUAGUUCAGCAAAAGUACCUCAAGUGCUGCCAGGUUCCUGACAGUAAUCCUCCAAGUUACCUGUUCCUGUGGGGCCCAAGAGCCCACGCUGAUAUCGGCAAGAUGAAAGUGCUGGACGUGCUGGCCAGGAUCUACAAUAAGCUCCCUACUGCCUUCCCAAACCUGUAUGAGGAGGCCUUGAGAGAUGAGGAAGAUGAAGCAUGGUUGAGAGCCGCAGCCAUGGUUUGCUCUUUUAUCAAGCACAGGGCUCCUUCCAGGGCCAAGUCCAGAAGCUUCUCCCACAACUAG